AUGCUCAUUUCUUCGAGCUAUCGCAGGCGUUGGAAAAAGUUAUCCCAAGCUGUAUACCUCCGGUGGAGAUCAUUGGGUACUGGACUACUAUUGCUAUGGCUCUUCCUCAUACUUAACGAACAGAAGCAUCCGUUCACCAAAUAUGCGCACGCAAUAACGAAUCGAUCCUUCGAACUCGAGGAGACUUAUCAAUCGCUUCCAGACGGCAAUUCCAAAUCGCGUGCCAAUGUCCGAACCUCUCUUGACGACAAACAAGCGCAAGAAUUCUGCGGGCAACAUGCUUUCCAACCCUACCCCGAUCGAUAUACACUGCGAAAAGUCUAUGACUUACUUAUGAUCAAUGAUGAGCUGGAAUGGCUUGAGAUUCGCUUGAACACCCUCGCGGCAUACGUCGAUUAUUUCGUUAUUGUCGAAUCACCAUAUACUUUUACUGGUCGACCCAAAGCCUUGGUGCUCAAGGAGAACUGGUCUCGCUUUGCUGAGUUUCAUUCGCAGAUAAUAUACCAUGAAGUAACCGAUAUGCCAGUCGGCGCGAAGCGGGCCUGGGAUUAUGAGGACCAUCAGCGCAAUGCCAUGUUCCUGCAAGUUAUACCUGGGUUAGAGGACAAGCGAAAGGCAAAUGUUGGUGACAUCCUGAUCGUCAGCGACGUAGACGAGAUUCCAAGGCCAAUCACCAUUACGGUAAUGCGCAACUGCAACUUCCCACGCCGUCUCACCCUUCGAAGUCAAUUCUUUUACUAUGGGUUCCAAUGGAAACAUCGUGGUGAGGAGUGGGCACAUCCGCAAGCUACUAUCUAUUAUGGGCCAGAACAUACCAUCCUCCCAGCGGAUUUGCGUAACGGCGAGGGUGGCAGUUGGAUAAAGGUGUGGUGGUACAAGACAGACCUUUGGAAUUCAGGGUGGCACUGCAGUACUUGCUUUCCAAACAUCGAGGAGGUCCUUACAAAGAUGUCGAGCUUCUCGCACACAGGCUACGACAGGGAAGAAUUUCGGGAUCGAACGCAUAUCGUGGAUCGGGUAAGGAAAGGAUUAGACCUUUUCGACCGGCCGGGUGAGGAGUUUAUACGGGUUGACAAUAAUCAGGAUAUUCCAGAAUAUCUAAAGUUGAAUCGUGACAGGUUUGGUUAUUUGCUUGACAGAGAUGCGUGGAAUGCUGGAUUUUUGGAUUACAGUGAGCACGAAAGUGCUCCUGAUUAA